AGUAUAAAAUAUAAGAUGAAUGUGUUACCUUUAUUGUUGGUCCUCUUGCUGGCCUUAGGCCACAUGCCAACACCCUCCAUGCAGUAUGGAGAGUCUGAUCAGUUUGGUAACCCAACCUGGAACGAAAGAGAAGGUCAUGUAAUUUUGAACGCAAUCAGAAUGGACUUAGCCCCUCGCGAGUUUGUAAAUAAGUAUUUCCCAAAGUUUAUGUCUGACGGCUUUUUGGACGCCGUACGCUUCCCUGCUGUGGACCCUGUAUAUAUGAGUAAUGUCAACAGCUUGGCGGCACGCGCCCACUCAAUUGAUAUGGCCGACAACAACUGUCUCCGCAUGGACGACUGCAACGGCACGUCAUGGGCAGAGCGCAUCCAGAAGCUUAUAACACCCGACUGCAUGGGCGGCAUCUUUAGCGAGGUGAUCGCCGGUGGUAUCUCGUCUGGUAUACAAGUGAAUAUGCUGUUGCUCUGUGAGCGCUUCAGCCCGCCUUGUGAGCCGGAUGCCUCGCCCUUUGGGCAGAUUCAGGAUCGCGCCAACAUGCUGAGCGCCAACUUCCACGCUGUAGGCGUCGGCUACUCCUACAGCCCCAAGUCGGACUUCCGUCACUACUGGACACAGGACUUUACCGGCGCCGUCUGUGCGCCACAGAUGUCGCCCAUCUACGGAGGCUCGCAUACCUUUGCCCAACCCAACCUGAUCUACAUGGCCAACUGGAAGGGCGACGGACAGGUUGCCGCGUCCAUCCACAUCCAGCAACCAGGCGUCACCAACGUUAUGAUGUCGUACUCCUUGAUGCGCGACCUUGGUGAGGACGCCCUUGGCACCUACUCAUUCAAUGCCGGCACCUCAUUUACCGAGUGCCAGCUGUACGUCUUCACGUUUGUCGAUAGCCAUGGUAAUACCUACCGUUAUCCGGACACUGGUUCGCUGGCCACCGUUGUCUCUCAGGACAGCAAAUGUCAAUCAUGGAGCUCCACCGAUAUCCUUGCCCCACAUGCUGCCACGCCCGCAUCCACUGUCGCUAGCAUGGAGCCAUCACCAUCCUUUAACACUCCUUCCGAGCUCGCUCAAGAUGACGAUGACAAGAAGAAGGAUAAGGAGGACAAGGCAAAGAAGGAUAAGGAAAACAAGGACAAGAAGGACAAGGAGGACAAAGCAAAGAAGGACAAGGAGGACAAGGGCAAGAAGGACAAGGAGGAUAAGAAGGACAAGGAUCCAAAUUCAUCAUCAACAACUUGUAUGUUAUCAUUGAACACCUCUCAUUCAUUCAUU